CAAACUGCUGAUGAAAAGAAGAAGAAGAAGAAACAAAAACAAAAGAAGAAGAAAUAAAACCAAAAGAAGAAGGCUACAUGAGCUAACCACGUUCAUGCAGAGUCUGGGAUCAGUCAGAGAGAUGCAGGAUAACGAGAUCAGCUUUGUCCAACAGGUUCUCAGCUUGAAUCUGUUACCGAGACACAACGUGACGUCUCUCAGCGACUUUUCAGGUAUGUGGUGUGGCGUGUUCCUGUGGACGGCGGUUUCUUCACUGAUCUUCCACCUGCCUGCAGCUCUGCUCUCCCUCGCCGCUCUGCGCCAACACAAGAUCGCUCGGCUAAUGUCCAUCGCCAUCAUUCUCAUGGGCGUCUUAGGCCCUCUCUUUGGAGGAGUCCUCACCA